AUGCCACCCAUGGAGGAAGUCCACACCGAGCGGGGCAGGAAGAAGGCCAACAGGAUUAUCAGAGACCCCAACCCACCCAGUUUUCCUACAGACCAGAGGAAUGGAGACAAAGAGUUUGUUAUCAGGAGAGCGGCCACUAACAGAGUGCUGAACGUUCUGCGUCACUGGGUCUCAAAACACUCGCAGGACUUUGAGCUGAACACGGAGCUGAAGACGCGGGUAAUCAGCUUCCUGGAGGAGGUGAUCCACGACCCAGAGCUCCUCACACAGGAAAGAAAGGCAGCUGCCAACAUCAUCAGGACUCUCACUCAGGAGGAUCCAGGAGAUAACCUGGUCACACUGGAAGAGAUCACACAGAUGGCACAGGAGGACUGUAAAACUGAGCCUUUUGAGAGCCACUCGGCCCUGGAGAUAGCUGAGCAACUCACACUGCUGGACCACCUGGUCUUCAAGGUCAUCCCAUACGAGGAGUUCUUUGGUCAAGGCUGGAUGAAGAACGACAAGAACGAGAGAACUCCCUACAUUAUGAAAACUACCAAGCAUUUCAAUGAUAUCAGCAACAAGAUCGCGACAGAGAUCCUGCAGUGGGACGAUGUCAACCUGAGAGUGUCGGUGAUCGAGAAAUGGGUCGCAGUGGCAGACAUCUGUCGCUGCCUCCACAACUACAACGCCAUGCUGGAGAUCACAUCCUCCCUGAACCGCAGCUCCGUCUUCCGCCUCAAGAAGACCUGGCUCAAAGUCUCCAAGCAGACGAAGACCGUGAUCGACAAGUUACAGAAGUUGGUGUCAUCAGAGGGACGAUUCAAAAACCUGAGAGAAGCUCUGAAGAACUGCGACCCUCCCUGUGUUCCCUACCUGGGAAUGUACCUGACCGACCUGGCCUUUAUCGAGGAGGGAACCCCCAACUACACCGAGGACAGCCUGGUUAACUUCUCCAAGAUGAGAAUGAUAUCUCACAUUAUCAGAGAAAUACGGCAAUUUCAGCAAACGGCUUACAAGAUUGAUUAUCAACCAAAGUUUGACAGAGGAGAGCCAUGA